AUUUUAAAAUAAUUAUUUAGUUAUAUAAUUUUUAAAAAUCAUUGUUAAUAAAAAUGUCUGAUAAAAAACGUGUGUUAAUGGUUUGUUUGGGCAAUACAUGUCGAUCACCAAUAGCAGAAGCUAUUUUUAAUGAUUACAUAACAAAGAUGAAUUUAAAUAACUGGGAAGUAGACAGUGCGGCAUUAUGUGAUUACCAUUUAGGUCAAACACCAGAUGAACGUGCUCUAGUAACUCUCAGAGGAAAAGGAAUUAUAAAUUAUUCACAUAAAGCUAAACUUAUAACAAAAGAGGAUUUUAAUUCUUAUGAUUGGAUCUUUGGAAUGGAUGAAAUUAAUAUUAGAGAACUUGUAAAAAUAAAACCGGAAAUUAGCAAAGCGAAAAUUGAAUUAUUAGGAAGUUAUUAUCCGGAUAAAAUUGUAAUUAUUCGUGACCCUUUUACGGACAAUAAUUGCCAAGGAUUCGUUGAAGCUUACGAUCAAUGCAACAGUAGUAUACAAAAUUUUCUAUCUAAAAAUAAUUUAAUCGUAUAA